AUGUUGAUGGAAGGAGGGAGAGCGGCUGCGGCGCGGAAUGUCUCAAGUAUACAAAUGCUCUCAGUCCAGCCAGACACCAAGCCGAAAGGUUGUGCUGGCUGCAACCGAAAGAUCAAGGACCGGUAUCUUCUAAAGGCACUGGACAAAUACUGGCAUGAAGACUGCUUGAAGUGUGCCUGCUGUGACUGUCGUUUGGGAGAGGUGGGCUCCACCCUGUACACUAAAGCUAAUCUUAUCCUUUGUCGCAGAGACUAUCUGAGGCUCUUCGGUGUGACGGGAAACUGUGCCGCCUGCAGUAAGCUCAUCCCUGCCUUUGAGAUGGUGAUGCGCGCCAAGGACAACGUUUACCACCUGGACUGCUUUGCAUGUCAGCUUUGUAAUCAGAGAUUUUGCGUUGGAGACAAAUUUUUCCUAAAGAAUAACAUGAUCCUUUGCCAGACGGACUACGAAGAAGGUUUAAUGAAAGAAGGUUAUGCACCCCAGGUUCGCUGAUCUAUCAACAUCACCCCAUUAAGAAUACAAAGCACUACAUUCUUUUAUCUUUUUUGCUCCACAUGUAUAUAAGAAUUGACACAGGAACCUACUGAAUAGCGUAGAUAUAGGAGAGCAGGAUGGUUAUAUGGAAUAAAAGGCGGACUGCAUCUGUAUGUAGUGAAAUUGCCCCAGUUCAGAGUUGAAUGUUUAUUAUUAAAGAAAAAAGUAAUGUACAUAUUGCUGGAUUUUUUUGCUUGCUAUUCGUUUUUGUGUCACUUGGCAUGAGAUGUUUAUUUUCGACUAUUGUAUAUAAUGUAUUGUAAUAUUUGAAGCACAAAUGUAAUACAGUUUUAUUGUGUUACCAUUUGUGUUCUGUUUGCUUCUUUGUAUUGUUGCAUUUAGUACAAUCAGUGUUUAAACUUACUGUAUAUUUAUGCUUUCUGUAUCUACCAGCUAUUUUAAAUGAGCUAUAACUUUCUAGUAAAGAAUUGAAGAGCAAAUCUCACUAAUGAUGCACAUAUAGAUAAAGCAAGUCUAUCAACAUUAAAAUACUAAAAGAAAAAAGAAGAAGAAAUGAAGACACACACAAAGCAUUUUAGCAACAUCCACUAUUAUUGCCACUAUGAUUUAGAGUCUAUCAGUGUUCUCAUUAUAACCCCCGAUUUUCAGGGGGUUAAAGAUCAGCUUUAAAAAUGCAUAAAAAUUUCAUCUUAAAGCACUUUCAUUUUAUACCAACGUGAAAAGUGCCAUUUUUAGAAUAACUUUAAAGCUUAGCAAUUAUCCUUUUAAUAUCCUUUUUGUGUGUGUGUG